AUGAAGGCUGUCACUUACUUCUACAUUAAACGCCUAGACGGGUUUGGCGAUUACAGGCCAUUUCCUUUACAGAAAGAUGGCGAUUCAUACCAAGUCGGCCACGGUCUACCACAAUGCGAACAACAGACAUCAAGAGCACGGCAAAGGCGUGUCAGAUUCUGGCCCGCCACCAUCUUUUGUACAAUACUGAUCAUAGCGCCUUUCUUCUUAGUAUUUCCCGUCCUUUUGUCAAACGCCCUUUACGCAUAUGAGACGACACAAUUUACGUUUUACGGCCGACUUUUCAGACAAAGUCCAGCAUACAAUGCUGCGUUAUGGGGCACGCACUUGUCGCCCCUUGUCAAUCCAGCAAUGUGUCACUCUCACAACGAUUACUGGAGAAUUCAUCCUCUCUUCUCAGCGCUUGCUGUAGGGUGUGCGAGUGUUGAGGCAGAUGUGUGGCUCAGCCCAGAUGGAGAAGACCUUCUCGUAGGCCAUGAGAAACGCUUCCUUUCCCCCAAUCGCACACUUCGAUCACUUUACAUCGACCCGCUAUUGCAGAUCUUGGACACAAUGAAUCGGCCAGCGCCACAUGAGGCGUUCAAUCCCUUUACGCGGGCCUCUGGUGUCUUUGCCACUGAGCCGAAUACAACCUUGAUACUGUUCAUCGACGUGAAAGACGAUCCAGUGAAGACAUGGCCUUUGGUUAUUCGGCAGCUAGGGCCUUUGCGGGAUUUGAGAUACCUAACCCGCCACGAAAAAUCCAUGGUCACAAAUCAGACAUUCUGGCCCGGACCCAUAACCAUAGUGGGCACAGGAAGCAUUGUUAAACGGCGCGACAUCAACAUUGGCACAGACCUUGAAGAAUGGCAGCAGCAACACGAUACUUUUCUCGACGCUCCUUUACAUCUGCUUACUGAAACAGGCUUCACCGAAAGCGACGGGUUUUAUGGUCCCUAUGAAUUGGAAAAUGAAUUCUAUACCGCGUCUGCCCCUUUCAGUAAGGCUAUCGGCAGCGUUAGGACGGGGUUCAAUACUCAGCAGAUGGAGACUCUGCGGAACCAGCUUCGGAUCGCAAAGCAUCGAAACCUGAAGUCAAGACUAUGGGGGUUACCUGAUUGGCCAAGAGGGCAUAGGGACUAUGUGUGGAAAAUACUUGUGGAAGAGGGGAUUGAUCUACUCAAUGCAAAUGACAUCGCCAGUGCAGCGAGUAUGUAUCAGCAGCUAGGGCCCUAA